AUGGCUUCUCGAUCUGCCUUGUUGCCGGCCUUCAGGCAAUUGGCAAGGUCUGGUCCUACCUUGAGAAGGCCUUUAGCGCGACGAUGUUUGAACGUCUCGAGCUCGAGGGCUUUCACACAGUCAUGGCCAUGCAGCAUCAAGUUCACGUCCGAAAAAUACCCUGAUAUUCAGAGAGAUGCUCGGUUUUCCUCGGUCACAGGAGAGCAUGUCAAGUAUUUCAAGGAUCUUCUGGGCAGUGGCUCCGCUGUCAUCGACGGCGUCACAAAUGAUGCUGCCGCUGAUGAUAUCGAGCCCUUCAAUGGAGACUGGAUGCGGAAGUACCGCGGCCACUGCAAGUUGGUUCUGAAGCCCGGCUCGACAGAGGAAGUUAGCAAGAUUCUCAAAUAUUGCAACGACAACAUGCUUGCAGUUGUUCCGCAAGGCGGAAACACGGGACUAGUAGGGGGCUCCGUUCCAGUGUUUGACGAGAUUGUGGUCAACAUGAGCCGUAUGAACAAGGUCCGCCACUUUGAUGAGGUCAGUGGGAUCCUCGUCGUCGACGCCGGCUGCAUACUGGAGGUCGCAGACCAGUUUUUGGCAGAGAAGGGUCACAUCUUCCCUCUGGAUCUGGGGGCGAAAGGCUCCUGCCAAAUCGGAGGCAAUGUUGCUACCAAUGCAGGAGGUCUGCGUCUUCUCCGAUAUGGCAGCCUACACGGAAGCGUGCUGGGAAUCGAGGCUGUUCUGCCUGACGGAACCAUUGUCGACGAUCUGGGCAAAUUGCGCAAGAACAACACCGGCUACGACCUGAAGCAGCUGUUCAUCGGCGGCGAGGGCACCAUCGGCAUCAUUACCGGCGUUUCUGUCCAGUGUCCGCAGCGACCAAAGGCCGUCAAUGUCGCCUUCUUUGGGCUCGAGUCGUUCGAGAAGGCCCAACUGGCAUUCCGCGAGGCAAAAUCCCACCUAUCAGAGAUAUUGUCCGCUUUUGAGCUUAUGGACGAACACAGCCAAGCCCUGGUACACCGCGUCACCAAAAACAAACGGCCGCUCGAAGACAGCUACCCCUUCUACUGCUUGGUCGAAACCAGCGGGUCCAAUUCCGACCAUGACAGUGAGAAAUUGCAGGCAUUCCUGGAGGACGUAAUGGAGAAGGGCAUUGUCACAGACGGAACACUGGCGCAGGACGAAACCCAGAUCAAAGCUCUAUGGGCCUGGCGGGAGGGCAUUGCCGAGGCCUUAGGUCAUCUGGGAGGUGUCUACAAAUACGACGUCUCGAUACCGUUGGAAGAGAUGUAUCAACUCGUGGACGAUACGAGGGCUCGAAUCGAGGCGGCCGGGCUUCUGGGAGACACAGAAGAGCACCCCGUCGUUAGCGUUGUUGGUUACGGCCACAUGGGAGAUUCCAACCUCCAUCUGAAUGUGUCUACCCGCUAUUUCGACGAGCGGGUAGAGAAGGUCCUGGAGCCCUUUGUUUAUGAAUGGAUCGCCAAGCGACAGGGAAGCAUAAGUGCCGAGCAUGGACUGGGUCUGGCAAAGAAGAAGUUCAUUGGCUAUAGCCGGAACGAGACCAUGGUCGGCUUGAUGAAGCAGAUCAAGAACUUGUAUGAUCCGGCCAGUCGGCCAAUCAGAGCACGCCAACACGAGCCCACCGCUGUGUGGCGUAAGCGACUAAAACCAGCCCUAUGCGGGAUGGGCCCCCCUUCCGACCUGCAGCCCUAUAGGGCACCCUAUUUUGCUAGGAAGGUGUCCACCAUCAAGCCAAGUCUGGCAGGUGUUUAUCCUACAGCCAUGGUGGGUGUUCCGGGCAAGUACAAGGGGUGUGAGACAUGCAGGGCAAGGAGAGUAAAGUGUGACAACCAGCGACCAUUCUGCAAGAAGUGCAUCAACAGCGACCGGAAAUGUGCUGGGUAUGAGCGGGAGACGGUCUUCAUCGUUGGAACCGUCCAUGAUUUUGGCCGCUGCUCGUCCCAUCCUCCUCGAGUCCUCCCCCCGAAGAAGAAGGCCCAGGGGAAGCUUCCAGAGGCAAAGGGCGAGGAGCCAGCUGGGCUGAAACUGGUUCCCAUCGAGCCGCUACAGCCCGCAUGGGACGACUUGAUCUCGGUCUCGAACUUCGACAAGAGCUACAAGGUUCAGAUAGCUGCUCUCCAUACGACACUCCAAAUGGUCGUCCGAGAAAAGGACCAGGCCGACCCGUCAAAGUUCACCAUCCUUUCGUUUCCCGCAUACGAGCCCUCCGAUGUGCAGCCUUUGCUUAGCAAUGGCGAUUUCCAGUUAAGAUCACAGUGCACGAUCCACCUCGUUGGGGGGAUGGGAGACGCGGAGACCAUGGAGACUGAGGGGACGGAUAGCAUCUGCCUCUUUCUAUACGAGCACAACAAUUCUGUCAUGCUCAGCAAUCAGCCUCCGUGGAAAGAUCCCUUGGUUCAGGCCAAUGCCGUGAGGCAGCGCGGCCCCGAGAAUUUUCGAAUGUUCCCCAACCAUCACUUCUUCGUCCGGAUAUAUCGCCACAGUGCAGUAAAAUGGGUAACCACUCCGUGGGAGUUGCAUCCCAAGUCAUUCUUUGACAUGCUCUUCGACGUGGUUGUCAUGUUGCCCGCGAUCUUUGCACGAGCCGACCGAAUCUUCCUCCACGACCCUACGCUGCAGAGGCGGUUGAUGGCGCAGGAUCUCCUAUCCAACUGCCUCAGCCUCGAGAAGCAACUGGACGAGUGGUACAACUCCGUGAGCCCCGACGACAGCACGUCCCAGUCCAGCGUCUGCUGGGUUGAUGGCCCGGACCAUUGCGAGGCCCAGAUCCCGUUCGCCGACACGUUCGCCUUCCCCGACGCCGUCACCGCCAUCAUGUUCAUCUACUACUGGACCUCGCUCAUCCUGUUCUACCCGUGCGUCGAGCGCCUGCACCAGACCAUCUUCCAGCCCGUCGUGGACGCCUUCCCCCAGGUGGCGCCGACCCUCCCGCAACACCUCCAGAUCGAGCCCCUGAAGUACGGCCCCAAGGAGGUCCGCGACCUCGCCGCCAGCGUGUGCCGCAGCCUGGACUUUGCGCUCAAUGCCACGGUGCAGCCCGACAUGCUCGUCGUGCCGCUGUUCGUGGUGCGCGAGUUCUACAGGGUGAUCAACGAGUCGGAGGGCGACGGCCAGCUCGAGCUGAUGUGGUGCGACGGGUUCGGCGCGAGGCUGGCCACCAAGGGGCAGGACAUCGCGGACGUCAUCGAGGCCAAGACGUGGCAGGAGGUUUCAACUUAUUGA